AUGCGGGCUCCUAAGGUACCCGCUACCUUGCUACUGUUGCUCUUCGCAAUAGAAGCUCUAGACGCAAACAGAAGAAAAACAAAAGAGAAAAUAAUACCAGCAGCCAUAAACAUUUGCGACAUCAGCGAUAGAGACUCGAAAGUCCAUUGCUACUGUGAAUUCAGUCAAGAAGUCAACGAGGCUGUGAAAACAGAAUGUUGGGUGUUCAACGGAGGCAUAGAGAAAUCAGACCCGCUUUGGACAAGUUUCACCUCUCAGUCCAACAUAGAAACGUUAGCCUUCAAUGUAAGAGCAGAUGGAGGUCUAGACUUUGUCCCAUCGAAGGUUCUCAGAUACCUCCGAAAGAUAAAACACUUCAGCAUAAAAUACAGUUCGAUCCACAAGAUAGAGAGCUACACAUUUGUUAACGUCACAUCAGUCCAAGAAAUGACACUGACUAAGAAUCAGAUCGUCAAUCUUGGUAAACAUUCAUUUUAUAACUUGCCAAAUCUAACUUUACUUACUUUAGACGAGAACAGAAUAGUUGAGCUAGAGACUGAGACGUUCUAUGAACUACCAUCACUACAGAAAUUAUACCUUACUAGUAAUAAUAUAACCGUCAUUCACGACGGAGCAUUCAAACACCUAGUCAACUUGAUUGACCUUGAACUUGAUAGAAAUAACAUAAGCGAACUCAAGAAGGAGUGCUUCUAUGGACUUGCAAAUCUAAAGCGUUUAGAUUUAAGAAGAAACAAAUUAUCCAAACUAAACUCGUUUACAUUUACCGAACUGUGGAACCUCCAGUCAUUGUUGUUAGAUUAUAAUGAAAUUUAUGUUCUGGCCCAGAGGACGUUUGAUGGAUUAUCGCAAUUAAGGAAGUUGAGCUUAAGCCAUAACAAACUUGUGACUUUGGCCAGCAGCCUAUUUGAAGGGGUCAGGGGACUGGCCGCCUUAGACUUAAGACAUAACAAAUUAAAGAGGUUCACUUUCGAGAACCUACACCCGAUCUACGACAACAUGAAGAACCAGAACAGCUACAUAUACUUGGAAGGGAACGAAUUCCCGUGCGACUGCCAUCUCGCAUGGAUGCAUAAGCUCCGUCACGAGGCCAAAAGCGUCAAAGUGCGAACGUCUCUCGAAAAUUUCAUUUGCAAAUUCAACGCGGAGCCUUCGUUAAAUUCACACUUUACUUAUUUCGAAAGGAGCGUUAUCGGAUCAAACAAUUUGCAAGAUAGCGAUGACAAAAGUCAAAUAAAAGAUUACUUGGAUAAUCCAGAUGAUUUUUUUCAAGACGAAACAGACGACGCUUACGUUGAUGAACCUAAAGCCGUUAAGGGGGAAAACGAGAGGACAUUACUUCAGAUCCCGGUAGAGACACUGCCGUGCCCUCAGGACGUCAAGAGCGUGACGGACAGGACGUACACCUACCCAUCACAAAACGAGGCUAAAGAUUACAGGAACCUAAUCCAAUCUUCGAAUUCGGCAUCGAUCGAGAUUAAUGUCACCGUUUUCCUGUUCGCGUUUAUGAUAUUAAUAUGGACAACUCAAUUGUAAAUACUAACAGAGAUGGAAACGUUGUAUUUACUUUGUUCCCAGCAAAAGGAAUAUUAAAAUCAUUUUGUUUGCGAAGCUCUAUAUUUUUCAUAGAACAUUCACAUUAUGUUUACUAAGAAUGUAAAUAAGGACUCCCAACCACAAACGAUGAUGAGCAUUAUUAUGUAAAAGAUCUUUUGCUUUUUGAAUUUGAGAAACCUUAUGAAACUGUAAAUAUUAAAAUAAUUCUAUGUAAAAAAUGUGAUAUAAAAUAUAAGUAUAAUUAUGUUAGACAAUGUCUUGGAAAACAUAAUUUUAUCGUAGGAUACUUUUCUAAAAGAAAACUUGAAUUUUUCUCAUUAUGGAAUUUCAUUUAUAUUAUUGCAAAUCUAUUGAGAAAUUUAUGUAAAUAUUUGGAAAUAUAAGAUAAAAUUGGUUGUAUAUAAUAACGAGUUAUGAAUAGGUAAUCGGGCGAGUCGAGAUUUUGGAUGUAUUGAAAAAUAUUGCAUAGAUAUUAUUUCUCGAAAUCAUUCUUCAUAUUGGUAAUGGACCUUCCAAGUAUAUUUUGAUUUUUUUUUCCGAAUACUUGAUGACUUUAUUUUCGAUAUUAUGAUUCUUGAAUAAUGUAUUUAUGCUUUAUUUCUUUUCUUUGUCUGGUUGAACACUGUACCAGAGAAAUGAUAAAAAUGUAAAUGACCACACUUCAAUCAUUGUAUUCUUGAGCGAGCGGCGCAUACAUAAGGUAUAAUCAUAUUCAGUACAAGAAUUAUUUAUUUAACCUUCAGACCCAUGUUACUUGGUAAAUAAAAAAUGUCUGGGGUAACCUUCUCUAUGAAUACUCAGAACACAUGAUAAAUAUACAGAAAACGAAACUAAAUCAAAUGGAAAUCUAUUCAGAAAAAGUAACUCUUGAUAGAACUAGACGAAAUCGUAUUUUUUAGGUUAGUCAAUCAGAGGUAGGUUACAAAAUAUUCAUUGUAACAUUUACCGGUAACUUUAUUAAACUUAAUAAGCUACUAAACUUUGACUGGCCCUGGUAAAAAAUAUUUAUAUUAGAAAAAUAAUAACAUCAAAAUAGAAGAAAUCAACGAUCAUUACCUUGGAGUAGCUCACAUUUUUACACAGCUGCUUACAAAAAACCUUAAGAAUAAAAACAAAAUGAACAGAAGUCCAUUACCAAAGCGUUUUACUUAACACUACUUUAUUUCUAGAUCAUAUAUUGCGGGCAAACAUCACUGACCGCAAACAGACCGAUUAAUUGAAUAGCUACAUACAAUUCUGAGGUUGUGUUAAUAUUAGAUAUUCCGUUUGUAGCAAACAUUCCCGAAUGCUAAUGUUUCAAUCAGAAUGUUUAGAGGUAUAUUAAUGUUGUGUGUGCUAAUAUUACCCCAUGUUAUUAAAUAAGUUGAGUUUGUUUUGUUCGUAUUUCCGAGUAUUUUCUGAAUGUGUUUUAAAUUUAUGUAAAUGUGUUGUGUUAAAGUCUUUUUGAUUUAUGUGGACUGUAAAAGGUGUUGGUUGUAAUUCGUAUUUGAGUGGGUAUUGUUAACCAACGGUGAGUGGGGAAAUGAGAGUUUUUGAAAAUUAUUGUUGUUGGCGGAUCAUUGGAAGGGUUUAUAAGGUAUUUCGAAAAAUAAUAUUGAAUAAUACACAAACAAGAACACCUAACUUGAUAAGUCGUCCUGUUUUCGUUUGAAACACGGGUAAGUAAAGCAGAAUAAACAACCCAAAAAAUGAACGCUCCGAUGUGUUGAAAGGAAUAAAAGGUUCUUUUAUAAUACGGAACCAAAAAAGGGGACUUAAUCUCAACUGAAUGAAUGUUAUUUAGUGAAAGAUACAUUCAUUGAAACAGUUACGGUUCUUUUGGGAGAUUGCCAAUAGGAUACAAAAUAGUUUGAAGUAAGUGAAAAAUAACUGACUUCAAGAAUCUCUCCGAUACAUCGCUGUAAAGUUUUCGCAGUUAUUUAUGUCAGUUCCUUAUUUUUUGUUUAGCAAUUCCAUUGAUUUACGUUGUAUUUCGAAUUUUUCUUUUUGUUAUUUUUUACAACUGAAUGGUUGUGGAAAAAUAUUCGGUUUUCAGUUAAAUCCAGUGUGCCUGGAAAACUACCACAAUAUAGCGCCUAGGCUGGGAAAAUUCACAAAACUGUUGGUACCUAUUGUCAUGCGUCAAAAACCACAAGCUUAAGGUAGGCUUAUUUAAAUAUACAGGUUUUCUCUCAUGUUUAA